AUGGCUAAUAUUAACUACCACGGAAUCAACAUUCAUGAAGACAUUGAGCGUCCUUUGAACGCUGUGAUGUCUAAGGAUCUUAGCACCGCGGUGGAGGUUGAGUUCCAUCUCGUUGGCGAGGGCGAGGGUGAUUUCUUGCAUGCGAAAUGGUUUAACGGAGAAGGUCAGGUCUGUGAAGACUACUUCAACGAAUUUGAAAACCGAUGGCUACGCAGCCAAUUCAUGACGGCUUUGACGGCUUUGUUUGCCUUUCCUUUCGAGGUUAUUAACCACGACAUGGAUGAUGUUGGCGGUGACGGUGCCGAUGGCGGUGACGUUGGCGGGGACGAUGGCGGUGAUGAUGAUACGUUCGAUGGCGGGGACGAUGGUAUGGUCGAUUUGGAUGAUACCGAUACCGAUGAUGCCGAGUGA